AUGGAGAUCCAGCUGAACGCCGCCCCAGACGAGGACAGCGCGGCAGAAGACGCGACCGAUGCGCCGUCGAGUGUGCCCCACACGACUGUGCGCAUGUCGUCGCUGCUGUCGGAGGACACGGGCACUCCUCGCGGCACGUUCGACGCCGCAGCGUCCGCUCCGUCUCGCGGUCUCUCGAGUCUCCUGCACUCGCCCCAAGCAGCUGCCGUCGCGGGAUUCGUACUUAAGCGGACUCCCGACCGUCUCGAGGCGGAAGGCCCUACGAUGAGGGACACUGUCCCAGUGGCAGACGCAGCGAAAGAGACGCAACAGCUGCGACUGGUCAUGUUGCAGGGCACUCGUCCAGAGCUACAGGCGGUGCAGACGGAGCUGGUGGCGGCGCUGAAGAAGCUGUGGACCGAGACGGGACCGGCGCCCAAGCGGCCGAAGAAGAGCAAACAGCUGCGGAGAGGGAGAGCGGCUGUGCCCGAGAGCGGCGAUGCAGCAGAGACAGAGGUGCGUCGCGUGCUGGACGAGCUCUUGCGCACGCUGGACACGCCGUUUCUGGCCGACACGGGCGUCGUCGGCGACGUUGUGACGCUCUGUCUGACGUGUUACGAGCUCGUGGACGCGCACAAUGCGGUCGAGAAUCUGGUGGUGCGACGCUCGGACGGGCGCGAGAUUGCAGUGGAUCUGGACGAAACCGUGAAGAAGGUGUUGAGCGAUUCUCUGUAUGGACAAUUGAUGACAGUGUUGAAGCGUGCAGUGCUGUGUGGCGGCGACGAGACGGGAGAGCGUGUGGUGAGACGGAUGCUGGAUUGGUGUGUGGCUCGCCCGAUGCCGUCGAGCUGGACGUGGAUGUUCGUGGCUGUUGCUGAGACGGAGGCGUACAGUGUUCACGACUGUCUGUUUCGAGAAACACUUGCGAGAUGUCAGCGUCAGGAUGAGCAUAACGACCAGGUACAGCACUUGCUUCCAGUCUUGGAGUCGCUGGCGGAACAGCACCCGGCUCAGAUGGUGGACAUGCUGCGUGAUGUGUUGCGCGAGUGUGCAUCGAGCAACGACGGACCAGCAGAUACAGUGAUGCGGCUGAUGCGACUGGCGAGUGACUCGGCUGUCCUCGUUGCUGUCUGUGACGACAGCCUUCAGUGGGUGAUCACAGAAGAGCUGGUCCAAACACUUUGCAGCAAGUGCUGGGAAAAUAGUGCCAAGCUGCAUGCGGACGGGAUGGAAGCUGAGCUGCUCCAUGUUGUCCGCACACGAAGUGCAGAGCUUUCCAACUCGGGCUUCCAGUUGCUCCUCCUGCUGCAAAGCUUAUCUACAUCCGACACGCCGUCACCAUCGAAAGCUUCUGUGGCCUCGUUCCAGCGUCGUCUGUAUGAGCUGGCUGGGUCGGAACCCUCACGCGCGUUCAUUGAAGGAAUCUACCGCUUCCUUCCUUACAUCUGCCAAAAGACUCUGCAGCUACUCCGCGUGAUGACUCAAGCUGACGAAGCACCAAACGUGAGCGAGACUGCAGGACCUGACCAAGCAAUGUCAGCGAAAGCAGCGCGUCAACACUUCAAAGAAUGGAAGCAAUGGAUGUGUCUGCUCGCACAGUCGAUAUCUCGACAAGAGGUGACCGAGCUGCUCAUACAGACCGAUUUGAUGUUGGCGGAGUGCAACGAGUUACCUUGUAGUCAAGUUGCGGACGGCGCACUGUGCGACUUGUUGACGUCGUUGCUACCCCCUGGAUCACCUGAGUACGUCGCUUUCGUGCGCAACAUCGUAUUGGAAUGUCGAUCUGCCGCCCCGAGAGCCCAACGUCGGAUUCUCGAUAUCGUCCGAAUGUUGCUGAACGUUGACAACAUGGAAGACGCAGUCGUUGCAAACCGUGGUCUCCCACUGAAGCUAUCUGCAGAACACGACGCAUCUUGCGUGCAGCAGCUCAUUCGCGCGAACAAUUGGACCGAAAACAUGACGUUGUUUGGGUUGUGGAAUGGCAUACGCGGAGUGGAGUUCUGGGAGAGUUUUCUGGAUCUGACGUGCUCGAAGGACGCUCUGGUCGCCUCGCGCGCGCUAGUUCUCGUGUCCCAGACACCGUUUCUAUCCCUUGACGACCCGGCUUGGCAGUAUCGAUGUGUACGAAAGCUGACAAGCGUCUUUUUCUUGAUGCUGAGGCAAUACCGGUCGACACUCGUUAUGCGGGAAAAGGAAAACCUCGGCGAAGUACGGACGCCCUUGGACACUACUUUCCAGAGUCGUCUGCAAACCCUCAAGAUGGUCGUGCUUCGCAUCGUGACGCUAGAUGGCGGCGUCGCUCACUACCCGUGCUCCGUGUACAGCAUGUUUGCGUCCAUGUGGCUGGACGCACUGCUGAGCACAACGUCAGCGACGAGCAUUCCCACCCAUUUCCCCAACACUGUGAACUUCGUCGACUUGGAUGCAAACGACGAGCUGCAUGAGGACCAGAUCAUUCGCAGCGAGCGCACUAUCAGCUCCAAGUGCACGAACUUGCAGUCAUCGCAGGUGAUAACAAAAGUUGCCGAGACGAAGCUGGUGUACCGGAAGACGCUCGACUCGUCUUGGGAGUGUGAAAUGCACGCCGCGCGCAUAUGCAGCAUGUCGGCCACAGAUUUGUUCGCUCAACUUCUCGGUCCCAGCACAAUCGCUGCCAGUGUACGGGAUGAUGCUCGGGCCAAAGACAAGAGUGUAUCGAAUUUGGAAGAAGACGAGCUGCUCGAGAGGAGGUUGAGGACUGUGGUGGACAUGCUUUUGGAGCGUGUGGUCCCAUGCUGUGGCAUUCCAAGCGACGACGUGUACAAGGACAUCCUGCCGAAUCGCUCCAGCUUUGAUGUUGACUUGCGCGUGGAGCAGUGGCUGAACCACUUUCCUGCGUUCCUCCCGCUGUUGCGUGCCGUGGUCUCGACGUCCGUGGUGCUGAAUUCGUCGCAGCUGCUCCGUCUCGUGCCUGUGUUCAAGUCGACGUUGAUCGUGUUGCUGGGCCACUGGAACAGUGUCAAGGGCGACCUGAGCGUCGAGAACGUCGACGUGCCUCCGUACAUGCGCAACAAGAACCAGCUGGCGAUCACGUGCGAGUUGCUUCGGCUCGUGCGCAGCACCCGUUGGUUGCCGGUGCCUUUGGGCAAGACAGCGGAGCUGCUGCCGCUGACGACACCGGCCGACAUUCGCUCGAUCCUCUUCAGCUGCUGGUUCUAUCUGUCCGACCACCCGCCGAAAGCUGGACUGCGUGGACCUGCACCAUGUGCCCCAUCUGCGCCACCGUCUCCGCUGUCGUCGGUCUCGUCUCCUGUUGGUGCUGCUGGUGCUGGAGGUGCUAUUGCAGGAGGUGCUGGAGGUGGUCUGUUCAGCUCGUCCAGUUGUGGCCCCAGCUCGAGCUCGAGCUCGAGCAACCCGCCGCUCGAGUUCUACUUGAUCCCCGUACGGAGAGCGCUGCACCGCAACAUUGGCAAGAUCGGCGCCAAGUAUCCGCUGUUUGCGUGCUGA